AUGCAGCCCACAGUCCAACUCAGCGACUUCUGCCAAACUAAAGUCUCGGCCAAUCGAAUCAACUUUGCUAUCGGACAGCCUUCUGACGCUGUAGUGCCUACUAAGAUCCUCAAGGAAGCGAUAGAAGUAGGAUGUGCCGCAGCAGUUGAAGAUUGGUGUAUGUACCAAUACGCGACUACCCAGGGGCCUCUCAAAUUCCGCGAAGCCUUGGCUAAGAUGCUAUCGAGCUCCUACAGCACAGCCGUUCAGCCUGAUCACCUUGUUCUUACCUCGGGAAUUUCCGCGGCACUUAGUAUUCUCGCGAAGGGCGUCGUGGGAGGCCCUGGAUCGGUCGUGUUGGUGGAAAAUAAUACCUAUUUUUUGGCGGGAAACAUUUUCAAGGAAGUUGGUGCCUCGCUGAUUCCAGUGCCAAUAGAUGAGGAAGGCCUUAUCCCGGACGAGCUCGAGAGCAUCCUGAGGAGAGAAAAGGUUUCCGCGUUAUAUACGAUACCUGUGCAUCACAACCCACAGGGAACGGUGAUGAGUGUUGGUCGGCAGAAGGCGGUGAUGGAGCUUGCGGUGAAAUAUGAUUUUCUGGUUAUCUCUGAUGAACCCUACGGUCUACUGCACUAUGAAGACGUUUCGAAGUCAGCGCAGGGAGGCAUUCGAUCGCUGAUGCAGGUGGCUGGUAUGAAGGAUGAUUGGAUGAGACACUGUGUGGUGUGUGGAUCGUUUUCUAAGAUUCUGGCGCCCGGUUUGCGGCUGGGGUGGUAUCAUACGCAUCCGGAAAACAUCCCCAAGAUUUUGUCGAGCGGAGUUUUGCUUAGCGGUGGUGGGCCGCCUCCCGUUCUGGUCGAGGCUGUGACGGAAUUGAUGAGGAGUGGACGAUUAGAAGAACAUUUGGAUGAUCUGAGAAGGAUAUAUGGAUCGCGGUUGGCGGCGAUGGUGGCUGCUUUGGAGGAGGAGAUGUCUGAUUAUGUGACGUUUCAUAAGCCGAAUGGAGGUUACUUCCUCUGGUUGAAGUUUAAAAAAUUGCCAGCUGGGAAAGAUACCACGGAGUUCCUCGAAUUCUGCAGAGAUAAAGGCGUUGGAUUUCUACCUGGUGCUCGAACUUCAGUGGAUGGGAGUUGUGGUCACGACUGCAUUAGACUCUCCUUCGCCUUUUACACCGAACCGGAGAUCCGCAGUGGUAUUCAUAAGUUGGCUGAAGCAUGGGAGCAAUUUUGUGGCGAGUGA